AUGGUGGAUAAAAGACGUAAGAAGAAAAAAGAAACAGACAAAUCAGCUACCGAGCAGAGUCCUCAGCAGGGCAGCAACGAGGACAACCUAGCCGCCGCCGUGGGAGGCCUGAGGCUCGAUGUGUCCGCCGGGGCCGCCGCUGCGGGUCUCUCGUCGCCAGAUGAAUCAGGGGCGUCUGCUCUCCUAAGCGGCACGACCAGCCCUGAAUCGUCCAUGUCGGUCACGAGUCCAAGGUCGUCGGUUACGAGUCCAAGCUCGUCAAUCCUGAGCCCCAGCGACAAAGCCAUGCAUCCCAGGGAUAAAGUCUUUAUUGAUGAAAAUUUCGUUGAGCGAGAUCGAAACAAAAAAUCUGAUGUUGCUCCUGAUGUUAAGAGUGUUAAGAACGUGCUCGCUAAUCACUUCAAGGUUACAUUCGAGGACAUGAACUUGAAAAUUAUCAAAUAUUCUGUGGACAUGAAAAUCAAUAACAGAGAUGGAGAGAAGGAAUGCCCAAAAGCACUCAAGGGGGCUGCCAUGAAGGAAUUCUGCAAACAGUAUAUCACAGGUUGCUCUCCUGCGUUCGAUGGCGAAAAUCAACUGUUCUGCAAAGAAACCCCAUCGUUAAAAGUGAAUCCUGACACGAAAAUAGUGACAUUAACUGAGGACGGCUCCAGCAUUAAAGUCUUUGUCCAAGUGACGAAGAUUGAAAGUGAUCCGCUGUGCUUGCAAGACAUCAGCACUUACGCACAAACAGAUACUAAAGGAAAGGAGGGAUGUCGCAAAGCACCUCAGGCCGCCUUGCAGGCCCUGGAAGUGGUGCUUCGCCAGGCUGGAACGAACAACGCUGAAUUUAUGCGAGUCGGUCGAAGCUUUUUCGAUACUACACGAGACCCUGCGAUUGUCCCUAAAUCUAAAAAGGAAAAAAAGAUUGAUGAGGAUGAAAAGCGAAAAAUUGAUAUCCGAAUUGGAGCAUUUCAGGGUAGCUCUCUAGGAGAAUCCAAAGAAAUCAAAAUUCCUUUCUACCUAAAUGUAGAUGAUGUCAAGGUGAUUUACUAUCCUCCCUUCAAGAACGGCAAAAAGAGAUAUGUCCGCAUCACCGCAAUUGCUGGGAAACCGAGAGAUGAAAGGUUCAAGAUUGACAAAGAUAAAAUGGAAAAAAUGAUUUCCGUGGAACAGUACUUUAAGGAUAAAUAUGGCGUCAGAAAUAUCGGAAACGAUUAUCCGUGCCUGCAAACUGGGAGCGGAAACAAGAUCAACUGCUUUCCAAUGCAGUAUUGCUAUUUAGCACCUCUCAAGUACCAAACGCCGUUUAAGAAGGUUGACAGUCGAGUGGUCGAUGAUAUGAUAAAAGUAGCUGCCGGGUUGGAGGUUGCUACCCGCCAGUCCGAAAUCGACAAGAUUGUGGGAAGUUUGAAACUGAAUGAUGACAGUUGCGUGAAGGAUUUUGGCAUCAAAGUUGGGCGAGAAAUGACUAAAGUGAAUGGCAAGGUCUUGCCCAAGCCCAAGUUGCGUUAUAUUAAAAACGAGGAACAGGCGAAAGUGGACGUAGAAGUCAAAACAGAAGGAAAAUGGUCCAUAGCCGACGACCAUCGCAUGACAUACCUGUCAUUCAACAAGGCCGAAAUUGCUUCUAUAAAAGUCGUUUAUAUUAAACAUCCUAAUAAUCCAAAUAAUCCAAAUAAUCCAAAUAAUAAAAAGGAUGAUGACACUGCUGCAUUAGCUACAAACGCGGAAGUUUUAAAGCACAAAUUGUAUGACCGUGCACAAAAGCAUGGUAUGAAUCUUAAACAAACAGACUACGAUUCAGUAGUGCUCGAACCGACGGACAAUAAACUUGAUCUGGAAAUAAAACUGCAGGAACAACUCGUCGACAAGAAAGAGCGCGUAGUUUAUCUUGUGCUGAUACCUGAAAAACCCAUUGGAAAUGAGAAUCCUUACACGAUUGUGAAGGAAAUUUUGGAGAAGAAAAAUGGACGCUUGACUCAGUGCUUCAAGAUUAGCAAAGCAUUUCCUGUAGAUGGGAAUAAAAAUCAAAUGUACAGCAAUAUCAUCUUGAAAAUCAACGCCAAAUUAGGAGGGAAAAGCCAUGUCUUGGCCGGCGGGUUCUUGCCUAAAACGUUUUUCGUUGAAGGAGUGAACGACUUCAUGAUCAUGGGGGCGGACGUCACUCACCCUUCACCAGGGUCGAAAGGUCCCUCAAUAGCAGCUGUGACAGCAAGCUAUACGGAGGACCUGUUCAGCUAUAACAUGAAUUGGCGAGUGCAGCCGCCAAAGAAGGAGAUAAUUACCGACCUUCAGGAAAUGACCCGGGCUCACUUCGAUUUCCACAAGAAGAGCAAUGGAACAAAAAGUGAUCCCAAAAAGGUCAUCUUUUUCAGGGACGGUGUCAGUGACACCAUGUUUGCUACAGUCCUGCGUGAGGAGUUGAGAUACAUCAAGAACGCAUAUAAGUCGCACGCAGUGGGAAAAGGUAAAAAAAGACCCGAAUUAAAAGUCACUUACAUUGUGGUGCAGAAGAGAAACCACACCAGGUUCUUUGAUCCAAAUAAAACAAAUACACUUCGGAAGUGUGACGCAAUUCCCAACGAAGAAUGUUGUAACGUAGAGCCUGGUUUCACCGUCGACUCCACGAUUACCCAUCCUUGGCAGAGGGACUUUUUCCUCGUCAGCCAAUACAGCAAAAAGGGCACAGUUCGACCGACGAGGUACAGAGUCCUCCACGAUGAGAACAAUUUGAAGGAUCAUGAGAUUGAGCAGUUGGCCUUCGACCUGUGCCACGUGUACACGAGGUGCAAUAAAAGCGUCUCAUACCCUGCGCCGACCUACUACGCUCACCUGGCCGCGGCAAGGGCCAGGCAUUUCUAUGGCAACGUCAGCAUCCCUGAUGACCCAAACCAGUCUGAUACUGAGAAAGAGGCUGCGUGGAUUGCAAAAGUCGGCGAGGUCAACGGAAAUAAAGGAGCAAAUGUCGACUUGCCAGAUGAUUUAAAAAAACAUCCAAUGUUCUUUGUGUAG